AUGACACUAGCAAGACCAAGACCAAGAUUAGGUUUGCAAGACCAAGACUUAAACAAUACCAACGCUGCAACACCAAGACCAAAACAAACCAAGCAAUACAAAGACUCUUACAAUUUUGUUUUCUCCAGAAAAUACAUUAGUGGAUCUAUAUUUAAUUAA